UGGGAGUUUAGACAAGGGUCAGUUUCAGCCCUCACUGGAGAUGUUUGGCCUUGAACCUGGGUAUGCAAAGCAGAUGUCCUGCGACUGAGCAACAGCCCUAUUUGUUGAAGUAUUCAUUGGCUUUGAGCCCAGGAGGGCGGAACCGACUCCCCGGCACGGCUCCACCUAUGGUGCUCCAGCAGCCUCUGCGCGGGAAUCCCCCAAUUGAGCUGAGGAUUCCUUCCCUUCGUCCGACCCUUACGGCGCUGAGACCGCUUCCUGUUUGGAGUGGGAGAGUUAGGUAGGGCUCAGGCCUUCCUCCGUUUCUCCAUCCCGAUUUUUGUCCGGGUGAUCCGCCAGCCGUGCAGGCGAGGGAGGGAAUAAUACCCUUAUGAAACGAGGAAACCACGCCACGGAACAGGAUUAAGAAGGCACCCAAGCGCGUGUGAAUAAUCGGCACAAAUGCGAGACAACCGCGCUCCUCUCUGCCUGUUGACUCAGGAGCAAAUCCCACCGUGUUCAGUGAAGUUUACUCCCAGGACAGUUGGCCACCCCAGUGCUGAAGAGAGGGAGUACACAGCCUAGGCAUUCUGCUUACGUGUAAGUCCCAUCCCCUUGGAAGUGGAUCAGUCAUUUGGGCUGAAAAUCCAUUGACUCUAGGUGGCAAGUGAGGAACAAACCAUGCCUGUCCUGUCUGAAGAUUCAGGCUUGCAUGAGACCCUUGCCCUCUUGACAUCGCAGCUGAGACCUGACUCAAAUCACAAGGAGGAAAUGGUGUUCCUGAGAGAUAUCUUCAGUGAGAGGAGUCUAAGCUAUUUAAUGAAGAUUCACGAAAAGCUGUGCCAUUAUGAAAGGCAGAGCCCAGUCCCAGUUCUUCACAGUGCCUCAGCUCUAGCUGAAGAUGUAAUGGAAGAAUUGCAGACUUCACCAAUGAACAAUGAUGAAAAAGAACUACUGCAGUUGCUGUCAACUCCACAUCUCAGGGCGAUGCUUGUUGUCCAUGAUACUGUUGCCCAGAAGAAUUUUGACCCUGUCCUCCCUCCUUUGCCGGACAAUAUCGAUGAAGAUUUUGAUGAGGAAUCUGUGAAAAUAGUUCGCCUGGUGAAGAAUAAAGAGCCUUUGGGUGCAACAAUCAGACGGGAUGAGCACACAGGAGCCGUGAUUGUGGCGCGGAUCAUGAGGGGAGGGGCAGCUGACCGUAGUGGUCUUGUUCAUGUAGGAGAUGAGCUGCGGGAAGUCAAUGGGGUUGCCGUGCUUCACAAACGACCAGAAGAAAUUAGUCAGAUUUUGGCUCAGUCCCAGGGGUCGAUAACACUGAAAAUAAUUCCAGCCAUCAAAGAAGAAGAUUGCCUGAAGGACAGCAAGGUGUUCAUGAGAGCCCUCUUCUCCUAUAACCCGAAAGAGGAUAAAGCUAUCCCAUGCCAGGAGGCUGGGCUGCCAUUUCAGAGAAGGCACAUCUUGGAGGUGGUGAGCCAGGAUGACCCAACAUGGUGGCAGGCCAAGCGUGUGGGUGACACGAAUCUUCGGGCAGGGCUGAUCCCCUCUAAGCAGUUCCAAGAAAGGAAAAACAACAACAAUGAAGACUCAGAUCAAACUUUCUCCACCUGCUUUAAAAAAAAGGAGCGUUUGAUGUACAGAAGGGCCAUGGGCGCAGUGCACAACACCAGAAGUGUGGCAAAACCACUCUAUGAUCAAUCUUCUGAGAAAGAAGACUGUGAUUGUGAAGGAUACUUCAAUGGACAAUAUAUAGCUGGCUUGAGACGGAGUUUCCGACUGAGCCGAAAGGAGAAGCAAAAUGGCCAGAAUGAAGCCAAGCAAGUCGAACAACCUCACCCCUCAGAACUCCUCACGUACGAGGAAGUCAUCCAAUACCAGCAGCAGCCGGGAGAAAGGAAGAGGCUGGUGGUUUUAAUCGGUUCUUUGGGGUCCCGCUUAAAUGAACUUAAGCAGAAGGUGGUAGCAGAGAACCCACAGGAGUAUGGGGUUGCAGUGCCACAUACCACAAGGUCGAAGAAGAGCCAUGAAAAGGAGGGUGUGGAGUACAACUUUGUUUCAAAGCAAUCAUUUGAGACCGAUGUGCAGCAUAACAAGUUUGUAGAGCAUGGGGAGUAUAAGGAGAAUCUCUAUGGGACAAGUCUGGAGGCAAUACAGUCUGUCAUGUCCAAAAAUAAAAUUUGCCUUGUGGAUGUCGUGCCUGAGGCUGUGAAGCACUUGAGGACAGCAGAGUUCAAGCCAUAUGUUGUGUUUGUGAAGCCGCUCAUCUCAGAAAAGAGAAAGAAUGCUCCAACAUCUCUCUUGACGGAUGAGAUCUUCAUCCCGCUUGAUGAGGAGCAGCAAGAAAUGGUCAACUCGGCUGGCUUCAUUGAAGAACAGUAUGGCCACCUGAUUGACACUGUCCUGGUGAAAGAAGAUCUCCAUAGUGCCUGUGGCCAGUUGAAAACCAUACUGGAGAAACUGAAUACAGACGCCUUUUGGGUGCCAGUCUCUUGGGUCAGGUUGUAGUCAGCUAUGCUGUGCCAAAAAAAAAAAAAAAUGAAAAGAAAGAAAAAGAGAAAAAGAACAAGAUAUAUCUGUUUGAUCAUAUGCUGUAAAUAGUAUGGAAGAUCAAAAAGGUGGGAAAUGUCUGCUGCAGCAGCCAGCUUGUUUGGAAAAGCAGCAAAGAGAAGCCUUCUCCAUGUGGGAGCCGAUUCUGAUGUAACCAUUUCCUCCACAAAAGUGGAAAACAUUGCAAUGAAAUGGAAAAUCACUGCAGGAUACAAUCCAGAGAUUUUGUACAUCAUUGGACAAUAGUUAUCUCCAAUUCUGGAGAGAAGCCUUUAGCUUUUUGGAAACUUGCAAUUUAUGUAUUUGCAGUAUUUAUAGGCCAUGCUAUAACAAAGAUCUUGGGCCUGCUAACAACAAAUAUAAAUGCAGCAUAAAAAAAAAAAUACUAGGCUCAGAAUGUGGUGAUCCAGACAAAGCUGGCAGAAUGUUAUAAACUUCAUUGUAUAACAAAAAUGCACACACUCAUUUUUUGUUGAUUGCUGUAACUUUGGAAAGAUAAAUUCAGUUACAGAGUUAUAAGUUCAAGCAGCAAAAUAAGGUACACUUUGUUUAAUUUUUAUUUUUAACUGCUUAGCCAGACUGGAAUCGAGAGAGCUCUUAUCCAGAUGGUAAAAGUUCAUACUUUAGCAAAAGGGAAACCUUCCAGGGCAAAUCAGCAAGGCUUUUUAACUUUCUGCCUGAAAAUUAACCACGUUGUAUAACCUAAAUAGCCACAGUUAUAGCUAACUCUAUUUUGAGUCAUCAAAGAUCUUUUAAGAUUUCCCCCCCAUUGUAUGUGCAAGGUGCUCUAAAUAAUGUGUUGCAUAAUGUGCUUGAAGCAUUGGAAACUUUCCAUCUUUCUAACCAGAAAACCAAAAACUCCUAUGUGGAAAUAAAGUCCCAAAUAAACAAAGGGCUGGGAGGUAUGUGCAGGACUGUCCCAGGGAAGGUGGGAGGGGAAAUUAAGGUGACUUGGGGGGGGCAUGCCUGGCACUGGUCACCACAGCCAGCAGCUCUGGUGCCUCCCAUCUACCCAGUACAACUCUGCCCCUUCUUCCUUCCUUAGAGCAAGGCAGGGAUGACGGAGCUGGAGGGCCUUGCCGAGAUGGGGCAAGGAGGCUGCUGCUGCUGCUAAAGUAGCAGAAAAAGAAACAAGCAUGUCAAGAACAGAAGGCAGCAGAGGCACCACCAUCAUUGCCAAGAAGAGAGGGGGAGGGUGGCGGCAGCAGAGGGGAGAUGAAGCCAGGGGGGGAGCACAAUGCCAUUUGAUCUUGGUCCCACCUCUGCUCCCUCCACCAGAGGUGGCUCUCAGUAUCUGCUAUAUUUAUCUGUUCUUUUUAUUUUGCUUGCACAAGGUUUGAAUGAGGCCAAAAACAGGAUGGGGAACCUCUGGCCCACAGGCCAAACUUGGUCCAUCAGGCCACCCUGUUUUCCCCAACCAGGAUGUUUUCCCCAACCCAAACCCACCUGCCCCACAAACAACGUCACAUACGGCAUGGCUUCAGAACACAGGAUUGAAAUCUCCAUGCAUCAGCUAAUGCCCAGGGAGCUUGGUCCUACUUGGGAAGUAUCUUCCCUCACCCCCAUGGGCCAACUUUGACAACUGGGUGGGACAAUCCAUCUGUCAAUUACCUGAUACCAUUAUGACCAUGAGGGAGAUAAAGAUCUGGCUCACGAGGGCAGAAAGGUUCUCUACCUCUGGCCUAAAUUGUUAAGGUGCCAGUGGAGGCCAACUAGCUACUCCAGAUCAAUUUCUGUUUAGGCAACUGCUCUGUUUUUGUUUUUGUUUUAAACUUGACAUGUGGGAUGUUGAAAGGGACAUGAAAACUCCAGCUCAGGUGGUACUGCAAGUGCAUUGCAUCAUUUCACAGGAUCAUAGCCAUUGAUUCUGCAGAAAAGAUCCAUUGGGAGGAGGGAGCACAAAUGCAGCAUCCAGGCUUGUGGCUGUCCUGCACACCCAUGAAUAUGCUGUGCAGGCAGAAGACUGGGUGCAGAGUUUUGCAAAACUCUGCACCCAGUCAUUCAUAAUCUUUUUUAAAAAAGAAAACAGACAAGUUUCUAGUUCUUAUAGAGUAUAUGUCUUUGGGGUAUGUGGGUGGGUUCCUGGGUAGCCAAAGGGAAGCUGCAGUUGUCUCUUCUAGGGACUGGGGAGAAGGCACAUCAGAACCUUAACACUCCUUGAGCUCUACAGAAAAUUUAUCCCAAAUCUCCAUAAUUUCCCUUCCUCUUCUUUGCCACAUAAUUCUACUUUUUAAAAAACAAACCAAGACCAUGAUCUUGGGAGCAACUAAUUUAUGCAACAUACAUAUAUAUAGAAGCAAUUUUUUACAUUUGCAUAAUUCCCCUUGGAGGAUGUGGGUUUUGUUGGCAGCUAAUGUUGCUUUGGGGAUUGUUACGUAUGAGUGUGUUAGGGAUUGUCUGCCCAGUAUGUUUCUUGUUUGGUUUUUGUUCUCUUUAAUCCCCCCCCCCCACUGCAAAUCCAUCCAGAUACUACGUUCCAGUGUAAUAGUUUUUUUCCAUGUGUAUUUCUUUGUAAGAAUAAUUACAAGGAAAGACUUUCCAUUAGAUCUUCCUGGGGCUGUUAGGUGUGCUAACCAAACUAUCACAAUCGUGCCAUUUAAAACUUGAGUUCCCAGUUUAGACCACUGGUUUUAAAAUUGCAGUUGGAGGAACUUUGGAAACUUAUCAAGGGUUCCUCAAAGAGAUGAGUAGUAGCAGACAUGCUUCCCUGAAAGGCAGUUUACCCACCUUUGCCCACCUUCAACAGGGGAGACUGGGGCAUGCUCCAAGGUACCAUCUCAGUUGAUGUGGGCAGAUGGCAAGGACACUACCCUGCAUAAAUGGAGUGUGUAACUUAGAACAUGUCCCAAGGUCAUCAGAAGCAUGUAGGGUUCCAUGACAGAUGCUCAGGUAUUCUGCAGAGAAAAUCAUGCAGAAAAGAGGUCCUUGAAGGUAGAAAAUAAUCCACUUUGUGAUAUGAGUGGAACAACACAUAGCGUCUACUUGAGUUUACACACUUGAUAGAUGUGGUUGUUUUUCUGUGGCUGUCUGGACGAGAGCUGCGGGAUUUUAUUUGUAUUUGUUCUUUCAGAUGUCCUAAGAUUUCCUCCAUAUUUCACUUUCUUCUCAUUUGAAGCACAUCCCCCCCCCCCGCCACAGUUCCUUUGAUUGGCAUUUGUUGUAAUGCUUGUAUUCCAUCACAGGGUCACUGCUGCUGAAUAGAGGUUGCUCCAGUGUUAGCUCCCUUAUGCUCAUUAGCUGCCUUCUGUGAAAACAACCAUUAUUUUCCCAUGGUAGGCUGUUCUGUGAGACUAGGCUGUGCAGGUUUUAUGCAAUGAGGCAACCACUGGAGAACAAAAUGGAUCAACCACAUGUGAGGAACAUAUAAUCAAAAAGGGGCUAUUCUAACAUGUGGCAUGAGGCCUUCUUAACCCUAUGUACUUAAGGUCAAAUUAUUAUUAGAGUUACCCAGUGUACAAACAAAUGGUCAAGUAAUAUUCUCUAAUAUUUUGUGCUUUCAGUUCUUACUCAUAAUGCAAUGGGAUAGAAAGGAGAAAGGUUUAGCAUAUUUUUCUGUCAGAAAACCAGAGUAAGAGCUUUCAAUGGAACAGUGAUACAUUACCACAGUUCUCAUUGCCCUAAAACAGCCUGUAGAAACCAAGGAACAAACUUUCUGUUUGCUGAGUUGAACUGCUUUAGUAUAUCCCAUCCAACCAUAUACAUUUCUACUCAGAAGUAAGUCCCACUGAUUUCAGUUCGGCUUACUCUCAGGCAGGUGGCUCCAUGUCAGUGGGACUGUGGAAUCCGCUGCGGGUUUUAGUCCAAACUAGCAGGGGGCUG